AUGGAGGGGAACAAAGAUGAUGCUUUGAAGUGCCUCCGGAUCGGUAAGGACGCAUUGCAGUCCGGUGAUCGGACUCGCGCCGUCAAAUUCCUCUCCAAGGCUCGCCGUCUAGAUCCCACUUUGCCGAUCGACGGCCUCCUCUCCGCCGCUGCUGACUCUGAUGGCAAAUCCGGCGGUCCCGCUGAUUCCGCUGCGUCGUCGAACGCUUCCCAGCCUGACGAGCCAUCGAGCGGUACUUCUUCCCGUGCUGCCGCUGCAUCCGUCUCUUCUGCUUCCAAGGUUAGGAUUUCCUCGGAUGGUCCUGGGUCUUCGAGGGACUACACUGACGAGCAGGUGACCGUCAUCAGUCAGAUUAAGAAGCUGAAUGAUUACUAUCAGAUCUUGGGGGUUGAAAAAGGAUGCACUGUGGAGGAAGUUAGGAAGGCCUACCGGAAGCUCUCUUUGAAGGUGCAUCCUGACAAGAACAAGGCGCCUGGUGCUGAUGAAGCCUUUAAGGCUGUAUCUAAGGCCUUCCAGUGCUUGAGCGACAAUGAGAGCAGGAAAAGGUAUGAUCUUCUCGGUUCAGAUGAGCCUGAUCGGCCGGUGGCACAGCGUGGCAAUCAUGGUUUCAAUGGCUUUUAUGACGAGGACUUUGAUGCUGAUGAGAUCUUCAGGAACUUCUUUUUUGGUGGAGGGCCUCCGGUUGCCACUCAUUUUCGCACUUUCCGCUUUAGAACUGGUGGCACGGGUGGGGUGAGUGCUCAUGAGAUGCAUGGUUCUGUCAAUCAUAAUCUCCGGAUGCUCAUACAGAUCUUGCCUAUCAUUAUCCUGUUCUUGCUGAACUUCCUUCCAUCUUCUGAACCAAUAUAUAUGCUGUUCCGAUCCUAUCCUUAUGAGCACAAGCUAGAAACAUCAAGGGGUGUGGCAUACUUUGUUAAGUCAGUGAAAUUUGAGGAGGAAUAUCCUUAUGAGAGCCCAAAACGCAUUGCUUUGGAGGAACAUGUGGAGAGUGACUAUGUUGGGAUCCUUGAACAGAAUUGCCGGGUUGAGUUGCAGAGACGACACUGGGGACUGUCAUACCAAACACCACAUUGCGAUAGGCUUCAGAAGUUUGAGGCAGCAGCUUGA